AAAGCUUUGCAUAUCACGUGUAAGACCCUUAGCCAAUCACCAGCUGCAAUCUUCCAACUCCUGAGUAAACGCUAAAAGGGCAACAAGAAGCUGCUCAGCUGUUCCUCGGAAAUGUGUGAGCGAAACAUCCUUAGUCCUAGUUAUGUGGGCUCGCUGUUGAAUUUCCAGCCAUCUGAUUCUUUCUAUUUCCCUGGCAUUCGUGGAAAUGGGGCCCAUCUUUCGGGAAUUCCACAGAUGCCUUGUACACGCAGAGAUGUGUAUCCUCUUCCAUGGAGUUCCGCUAGUUCGUGCACAUCCUCUACUAGUAGAUCAGUGGCGGCUUACUCACAAGGACUGUUGGUGAGCUCAGUGCCACUCACCAAUAAUAACACCGACAAAGGGCAACUGGACGAACCCAGUAAGUACUACUUCCAGGAAACAGGCAGCCUUAAAUCAUCGGGAAGAGAGACGUCGUUUUCAAGUCACCAAGACAAUGCAUCUCCUACCAGCGCUUCUUCCGCAAAGUAUGAUUUCUGUAAUAUGGAUAACUGUCUGCAUGCUACAUCAUCUCAUCCCGAGGUACAAACCGCUAACCAAAGCACAGCCGAAGCUGGCAAGCAAUCAAUGAGCUUGAAUAUGACAAUGCAGUCACGAUCCAGUCCGCCUUGCAGCAGGGCAUCCUUGUCAGAGGGCUUGCCAUGGUGUCCGACCCAAGUAAGGUCAAGAAAGAAGAGAAAACCUUAUUCUAAACAUCAGAUUGCUGAACUUGAGAAUGAGUUCCUCAUGAAUGAAUUCAUUAACAGGCAGAAAAGAAAGGAACUCUCAGAUAGGCUAUAUUUAAGCGACCAACAAGUUAAAAUUUGGUUUCAAAACCGAAGGAUGAAAAAGAAACGUUUAAUUAUGCGGGAGCAUGCACUUUCGAUAUAUUGAAGUUAUGCAGUUCUGGAAAAGAACACAACGACGUGUAAGAUGGAAAAUGAAAAAUUGAAGACGACUGACUUUAUCAGUAAAUAAGCACAGCCUGCAAAAAUAUGAAGUUUAUGAAAUUAUCGAUGGUAUAAGCGACGAAUGCAUUGUAUUAUUUAAUCAAGCAUGCAGUUUGUAUGUAAAUAUUUUGACUUGGACAGAAAAGCAUUCUUGUGCUGCUAUAAAAUGAAAAUGUUUUUUUUCUUUCUAUAUAAUUAUGUACUAUAUCUUCUUAUUCCUUUAGGUGUCUUUUUUAAUUCAAGCAUAACAAUAAAACAUGUAUGAAAAACUCUG